AUGGCUUCUUGGCUGAAUCUAUCUCAAAUAUUUGACAUAUCAAUAACAUCACCUGUUCCUCAAACGGAUAAAGUGUGCAUUACGGCACUGGUUGAAUCUUGGAAUAUGUUAACGAAUACAAUACUCCUACAUGAUGAUGUCAAUAAAUUAACUGUAUCAUUUAAUAAUAUUGCCAAUAAAUCGAUAUUAAAUUCAUUGAAAAGAGAUGAUUGUAUUCAAAUUUAUGGUAAACUCAUUCGAAAUGGUCGAAACAUAAGUAAAUUAGAAGCAAUUUCUAUUCGUGUGUUAACAAAUAUUGAUAUAAACGACUAUUAUAAAGCGUUAGAGUUAACUCGAUCGUAUAUGACACAUGUUGAUCGGAAUGUUGGUGCAUUUAGAGAUAUUUUAUAA